AUGGAAAUAGAUUUGAAUAAGGCUAGAAUAGAGGUUAAUGAUAGAGAAGUUGAAAAACGUGAUAAAGAUGGUGUCAAUAAAAAACAAUUGUUGGAAAGAUUAGAAGAAGAAGCAAGAAACGCUCAAAAUGAUUUUGAGGAAAUAGCUGUUAAAUGGUCUCUCAUCAAUAAGUUCAAUGACCCUUAUCACAUUCAACAAAAUAUCGAAACUCAAAAAGACAACUGUAUGAGUGUGAUAAAACGUAAAGAUGAACUGAUAGCAGAUCUGAAAAAUAUAUUAUUGAAAUCCGCGAGAGAAUAUGAUAAAGAGCAAGCGAAGCAGAUACAAGAUAUAAACGAACUUACAAGAAAAAUUGAGAAACAGUUAAAUAUUUCCAAGGCUGCUUAUAAGACGCAGUUUAACUUGAUAUCGGAUAUCGUAUUAGCUCUAAAAGGAAACUAUGUAGAGAGCGCGUACACUAAAUGGUCAGAAAUGCAACAAGAAAUGUGCGCGAUGGAAGCAAAACAUUCGGAAGAUCAAUUUCGAGCUCUAGAAGAAUUCCAAACGAGAAUGAAAAAUAUCCGGGAAAAUUUCGACGAACUUUUCAGAGAAAGGAAUCUUCAACUAUCCAAUGUCAUAGAUACAUCACGACAGCAAUUUGAGACUAUAAAAAGUAUCGCUUUACUUAACAGCGAAAAGUUGGACUACAACUACAUGAUAUUAUCAUGCAGGGAAGAGGAGAAUAUUAUUCUAAAAGGACAACAGAAGAGGAGGAUCAAUAAAUUACAAGAUAUAAUAACCGAUCUGAAAAAGAAGGUAUACGAUUACAAGAAAUCCAGUUUCAAUCAAAUAAAGAAAUAUAAAGAAACGAUCAAAAAGCUACAAAAAAGUAUACUAGAUAUUGAAGUAAAAGCUGAUAACUUCAGUUCGAUUAAUGAUAGAAAAUUUCAUCAAUUAUGGGAAAUUAAUAAGAAAGAAUGUCUCGAUCUCUUGAAUAAAAUUAUGGAUAUCGAUAGAAUAUUACACGAACAACAGAUGGCUGUAGAGUGGUUACCUCCGAGAUGUCUUUCUAUGGACAACUCAACUAUGGAAAGUUAUGGGAGAGCAUUAUCUUUCAUAAAUUCGAAUACACCGAUGGAGAAAGCCUUGAAAAGUUUAGAAGGAUUCCCAGCAAAUAAAUCGAUAUUGUACAAGAAAUUACUCAAGCAAAUUCUUACUAAAUUAUCAGACAAAUCAGGAUUUUUGACUGAAAAACGACUGAAGUUCCUCAUAAGCCGUUAUGAAGACGAACAGCAGAGUAUGGUAACUUUAGAAAACGUCUUUCAUUCAUUGAAUAUUAUGGACGAGAAGUACCUGGAUAUUAUUCUACAAUAUUUCUUACCGUAUUGUUAUUGCCGGUUCUGUUCUUAUGGUGAACAAAUCGAGAGGAGCGUCGGAUCGCAAAUAUCGGCUCUGACAUAUUCAUAUUCAAUCGCAAUCACAGAAAGAAGUCCUAUGGCUUAUGGUGAUAUUUCGACUUUGAGUGAAGCUUUGAAAUCCACGCAUGGAUCCAUGGAUGCAAUUGAAUCUGCCGUAUUGGAACUUGCUACCGAUGUUAAAGUGAAACCAUUAGCAUCUGAUAGUGAAAUAUCGUUGGGAACCACUCUAUUAAAUAUUCCUGGAGAUGAAGAGCAAAGUAUAUCGAAUAGAAAAUCGUUGAUGCCAAGAAGGAAAGUACAUGCGAGUACAUAUAAAUUGAGAUGUGAGCUUCAUCAUCCGUUGGUUAUAAGUACAAUUUAUGUAUUAACAGCUCUAAGGCAGUUCGUGGAAGCUUAUUAUGCAGAUAUCGUCGUUGUACCAACCACUGGUGAAAGAUUGAGAAAACAAAGAUUAACGGUUUCUCGUUUGUUAGAAGAUUCAGAAAUAGAAGAUUACUGGCAAAGAGUACGCCUUAUGUACGACGAAAGUCGUUUAAAAGUGUGGGAUGCUUUACUAAGAGGCCUAAAGUACUACCACGAGGUGUUAAAAGAAAGGAAGACGGUAGCAUUAGAAGUAACAGCUAUGAGAAAAGUUAAUGCAAAAUUGAAGAAAAAAUUAGCAAGAUAUCAGGACCGUAGCAUUUUGUUGCCGCCAAUUUGCGUCAAUAAUUAUACACGAUAA